AGAAAUUAGCCUACAUUGACCUGUACAAAACGAAGCCCCUUAAGUGCGCCUAAGCUUACCACAGACGUAGCAUAAGGCAUUCUCAAUUAGUUACUUGGAAACAUGGAACGGUGGCAAAACAAGUUGGCUGUCGUCACUGGGGCAAGCAGCGGUAUAGGAGCAGCUUGCUCUCGUGCAAUGAUUGCGGCUGGUUUACGGGUGGUGGCGUUGGCACGACGGGAAAAAAAGUUAAAGGAGUUAAGUGAGAGUCUACCGAGCAAUCUAAAACAAAACUUGAUAGCACGUCGCUGUGAUGUGUCUAAGGAAGAGCAGGUCAUAAGUACAUUUGACUGGAUACAACGAGAGCUUGGCGGCGCCGAUGUUCUUCUUAAUAAUGCAGGCAUUACUCGGGAAACUGAAUUAGUUGCAGCACGGAACACGCAAAAGCUGCGAGACGUUAUCGACACCAAUUUGAUGGGGGUCAUUUGGUGCACACGUGAAGUGUUUCACAAUUUUAAGAGUCGCAAUACUGAGGGUCAUGUUUUUAUUGUCAACAGCAUCGCUGGCCACCAAGUGCUCAACUUUAUUGGUGUUUUACCCUCGUUCAAUAUAUAUCCAGCAACGAAAUUUGCUAUUACAGCCAUUACAGAAACUUAUCGACAAGAGUUUCAAUUACACACGAAUAAGGUGCGGGUCACAGGCAUUUGUCCGGGGGCUGUCAAUACCAAUAUUUUUCCAGAGGAGAUACAUUUUUACGUUAAAAAUAUGGCGAGGUUACAGCCAUCGAACAUUGCGGAUGCGAUACUUUAUGCGCUUCGUACACCGCCUAAUGUACAGAUACACGAGAUCACAAUUAAGCCAAUGGGUGAGAUAUUUUAGGUAAUUAAAAAUUUGCAAAAAUAAUUAAAAUUAUCCAUAUGCUUGUAAGUGAAUAAAAACUACACAGAUGUAUU